GGAGGUUGUGCUGUCAUUGCCCGUCGCACCGGCGCAAGAUAACCAUCACGGUCGGGGACCCAUCCUCAUCCUCCAGACUGCGAGGCGCGCCGGGAGGUUAUGGCGCCCCGUGAGGAGCUCUCUCAAACCACCCGGAUGUCGCCCAAGGCUAUGAUCGAGACGGGCCCGCCGGGGCUGCAGGACGAGCCGCCUCCUAUGCCCGCCGUGGUGGUGUCGCCCAGCCCGUCCGCCUCGCGACAGCGGUUCAUCUCCAUGGUGAUGCUGGGCGCCGAAGUGGCCUGGCUGCUGAUCCAGACCGUCUUCAUGAUCCUAGACGCCGUGUACCACGCCAUCAAGCCUAACGACGGCAAGGACCUCUCCGGGAAGCUGGUGCUGAUCACCGGCGCCGGCCACGGCCUCGGCAAGGAGACGGCGCUGCAGUUCGCCCGCCAGGGCUGCCGCGUGGCGUGCGUCGACGUCAACAAGGUUGGCAACGACGAGACGGUGCGCGAGAUCAUCAUGGAGGCGGAGAAGGCCGGCGUCGUGGCCAACGGCAAGCCCCUGGCCAAGGCGUACGUCUGCAACGUGGCCGACAGGAAAAAGAUCCAAGACCUUGCCGUGCAGGUCACCAAGGACAUGGGCGAGGUGGACAUUCUGGUCAACAACGCCGGCAUCCUCACCGAGCACUCGUUCCGCGACGCCACUCCCGAAGAGAUCGACCUCACCAUCAACGUCAACCUCACGUCGCACUUCUGGACCAUCCAAUCGUUCCUGCCCGGCAUGCUCAAGAGAAACUCCGGGCACAUCGUGGCCAUCGCCUCGGUCGGCUCCUUCAUCGGGGUGGCCAACUUCUCGACAUACUGCGCCACCAAAUACGCCGUCGACGGCUUGAUGUCGUCCCUCCACGAGGAGUUCCGCAACAAGCAGAAGGACAUCAAGCUGACCACCGUCCACCCGUACUUCAUCAACACGCGGCCUGACCUCAUCAAGGGCUGGCACCACAGGUUGCCCCUCAUCACCCCGGACCGCGUCGCCGCCGCAGUCGUGAGGGGAGUCCGCAGGGAGAGCAUCUCCGUCACCAUCCCCAAGUUUCUCUUCUACCUCAUCGCCAUCUCAAGAUUCUUCCCCCAGAACGUGAUCGACAUCUGGAGAGACGUCUUCUACACCCACAUCACCCCUCCCAACAAGAUCGCUCCUGCCGCGCCCGCCCAGGCAAACGGCACCGCGAGUUCCAACGGGAUUGCUCAAGGGACGUCAUCAGUUGCCAACGGCGCCACCAACGGUGCUGCCAACGGCGCUGCGAACGGUGCUGCCAACGGCGUUGCCACCGAGGUCAAGAAGGACCUUUGAGCCGGUUCGGCACAGCUCAGCUGCUGAGACUGAGACUAAGUUCAUCUUCCGGCGAAGGUUUAACUCCGUCCGUCGUGCGGCGGUAUGCCGCCUACCUCAAAGACUGCCCUGUGUGCAACGAGUGCACUGUGACGACCGCCAUGCCAGGCUAGAAAACAGUCCCGACUCGACGCGACCAGCCGGAAUCAUCGGGCACCGGCGUCUCUGUAUUAAGUUUAUGUGACUUUGUGGCGUCCUCACGAUUGCUGUGGACAAGGACAAGAAAAAGGCUUCGCUCGACCUUUUGCCGAUCGGUGCAGUUGCUCAAUUUAGUUUUGUGUUAUUGUAAUUGGUACCUGCUAGUCUCAGAGGACCGUGUAAGAGCAGUUAUCUCCAUGACAAACUGGAGCCGUGGUUAAGUACUGUAAUGUCUCCACACAUUAUUUUUUCCGCGAUUCGUAGCGAGACGUUACAGUACGGGAGGGCAUGACAUCAGAUAAUCCAAAGAUACUGUUCUGUAAACUUGUUUCAAUUAUUUUAAUUGAAAUAAAUGAAGAUAGUGGAUUAGGAAUCUAGUUGUGAGACGUUCAUCUACUGUUUUAGACCAUGCUGUUGACUACAGUACUUCAGAAUUUUCGCUUUAUGGCCACAGACCAAUGAGAUGUGCGUCAGAAUCUAGGUAAUUUCUGUGUUGGCCGUGUAUAAAUCAUACGGUCUAACAAAGACAAGAUUUAUUUGUUGUAAAACAAAAUAGGUUAAGAUUAUCACAUCACUGUAAAAUAAUUAAAUAUUUACUCUGUGCGUGAGGAAAUGUUAUUUGUUUAAAUAAAAUAACAAAUGAA